UUCGGCAUUAAGUUGUAAAAAUGCAGAGAACACAAUUAGCUGCAAUUAGCUUACUGGCCCUUGGACUGGUUAUCCUCACCCAGCCAAAUUGGGCUUGUGAUUCAACGACGACUGUUGCUGCGACAAAGGAUUGGUGGGAAAAUGCGCAGUUCUAUCAGAUAUACCCACGCUCCUUCAUGGACUCCGAUGGCGAUGGAAUCGGGGAUUUGAAUGGCAUCACCAGCAAACUGGAGUACCUAAAGGAUCUGGGAGUCACAGCCGCCUGGCUGUCGCCCAUUUUCACCUCUCCGAUGGUGGAUUUCGGCUAUGAUAUAUCCGACUUCUUUGACAUUCAGCCGGAGUACGGCACCCUCGACGAUUUCAAGGCCCUGAUAAAGCGGGCCAACGAAUUGGACCUGAAGAUAAUACUGGAUUUUGUGCCCAAUCAUUCGAGUGACGAGAACGCUUGGUUUGCAAAGUCGGUGAAUCGCGAGAAGGGCUACGAGGAUUACUACGUGUGGCACGACGGGAAGGUGAAUGCCACCACCGGGGAGAGGGAACCCCCCUCCAACUGGCUGCAAGCUUUCAGGGGAAGUGCCUGGGAGUGGAACGAGGUGCGCCAGCAGUACUACCUCCACCAGUUUGCAGUGCAGCAGGCGGACCUCAACUACCGCAAUCCCCUGGUGGUGGAGCAAAUGAAGCGGGUGCUCCGCUACUGGUUGGACCUCGGGGUCGCGGGCUUCCGUUGCGAUGCCGUUCCCGUUCUCUUCGAGAUCGAACCGGAUGCAGAUGGCCGGUACGCCGACGAGGAGGUGAGCGGAGUGACGGAGGACACCGAGGACCGCAAGUACCUGAAGAGCGAUCUGAUCGAGAACCGGCCGGAGACCAUCGACAUGGCCUACCAGUGGCGGGUGGUAAUGGAUGACUACCAGCGCAUCCACGGCGGUGACACCAGGGUUCUUCUCAUCGAAACCUACGCCCCUCCCGCCUACACAAUGCAGUUCUACGGAAACCGCUCAGUGGCCGGUGCCCACCUACCUUUCAACUUUAAUUUAAUUACGGUUCCCGCCAGCGAUGGCUUCUCGGCGGGAUCCAUAAAGACGGCAGUGGACAACUGGCUGGACAACCUGCCCGCCGGUCGCACUGCCAACUGGGUUAUCGGCAACCACGAUCAGCGGAGGGCGGCCAGUCGAUAUGGAGCUGCAAAUGCGGAUGCCAUGAACAUGCUGGUGAUGGUCCUCCCGGGAGCGAGUGUCACCUACCAGGGCGAGGAACUCGGGAUGACCGAUGGGGAGAUCAGCUGGGAGGACACCCAGGACCCGGCGGCCUGCAACUCCAACUCGGAAAUCUACCAGCAGUUCACCAGGGAUCCUUCGAGGACACCCUUCCAGUGGUCGAGUGGCACCAAUGCAGGAUUCUCGACUGCAUCGAAGACUUGGUUGCCGCUGGCAGCGGACUACCAAACGGUGAAUGUGGAAACGGAGCAGGCAGCUCAAAGGUCUCACCUCAAAAUCUACAAGUCCCUGGUGGAACUGAGAAGAUCCUCGCUUACCUUGCAGAAUGGUUCCACGAAAUAUGGCGUGAUUAGCGAGAAUGUGUUCGUCGUUAAGCGUUACCUCGCCGGCUCCACAUCCAUAAUUUAUGUGGCCAACUUCGCCAGCAAGGGUGUCACAGUGAAUUUAUACGAUUUCGACAAGACACUUCCCACCCACUUGACGCUCCUCGUUCGCAGCCUGCAGUCUGCCAAGUCGGAGGGCUCGCUGUUCGAGGUGACCGGACUGAGUUUGGCUGCCGGCGAGUCCUUGGUUUUGAGCGACAGCAGUGCUUCCCGGUUCGAUUGAUGCGGCAUUCCACGUCUUCCGCGCGACGCACUUGGAACUUUGAGCUCACUGAGUCAGGCCACUCAAUCGGUAUUUAUCUUCGGCUCAAAGCAAAUAUGCCAUGGCGUGCAUAAAUAAAUAUAUAAGUGAAAAACCA